AGUGUCAAUCGUAACAAGAAGAGUGUGGCAGUGGAUCUGAAACAGCCAGAUGGAGUGCAGGUGGUCCAGGACCUUGUCUGCUGCAGUGACGUGCUUGUGGAGAACUUUGUUCCCGGGGCACUGGAUCGCCUUGGCUUAGGAAGCAACAAUAAAGAAAAACAAAACACCGCAGAAUGGCAGGUGUUUUGGAAAGAGUCUUCCCACUGGGAACUUCAGGUGAGGUGUUGGCUGGAUACCGCAGCACAAGGUUCUCCCCCAUGCCCUCCACAUUCAUCCUGGGUCCUGCACACUGCAACAAGUCAGCAUUGUUAAUGCAGGCAGCAAUAAGUGAAGCAGCAGCAGAUGGUCAAGUGCUGUACAUUGCACCACAGAAGCUGCAGGGCCUGCCUCCCAGUGUGGAUGGGAUGCCUCACCCGUCUUCCUCCUUCCUGGAAAAUGUCAGAUUUCUACAUGCUCAAAAAGAAUGUGAGUUGACAGGCUACUUAGCCUCCCUCCACAUGAUACCAGCCGGGGACAGGCCUUCUCUCAUUAUUAUUGAUGAUCUGCACUCCUUCAGCUACAGAGAAAACAUAGAUGCAGCAAGUCAGUUGGUGAAUGCAGCAAGAAUUCUGUCUCUUGCCCAGGAGUCAGCUGAAUUCUGUUCAAACUCCCCAGAUUGUCGAAUCUCAUACCCAUGCUGUGUUCUGGCAUCAUGGACCUUAGGCACUGGCAGUCUGAAGAAGGAUGAGAUUAAGGCCUUUGCAAAAACCUGGUGUCAUUAUGUAUGGAGUGUGGAGAGGAAGGCUAAAAACCAAGACAGUGAGGAAUUUCAUCUGGUGGAGGAAGAACAAGGACGUACCUGUAUUGUUGAGUUUUCCCUGCGUCUCUUGCCGUCCCCAAACCUGCUCCUUCAUCAAGUAAUCCUGGAGGAAAAAGAGCAAGGAGUGGCAGCCAAAGGAACCUAGUGAUAAUUUAUGAAGUUGUGUCUGUGGCAUUAGGUGUGACAAAACAGGUGAUGUCAGUUUGAGUUAUAUUGAAAGGAAUGGGAAAAUUCUGGUGUCAGUCCAUUUAACAGGAAUCAUCCAUUUGAAUUUGGUCACUUGUUAAAAGUCACCAGACUGCAUGUAGUUGUACAGCACCUUUAUUGUUAGAUCUUCAAAGCUCUGUUCUUCACAGUUGUGUGUUGGUACUGCCAGAAGUAUAUGAAUUUUACACUUGUUUUUGUUGCUCAGUAAACUUUUACGUUAUUUUUUUUGUCUAGUCUGGUGCACAUUCUCAGGAUGUCCCUUGAAGGGAUGCAUAUAUAAGUCGCCGUACUUUCAUAUUUUCAUAUUUGUUAUACUCUUACAUUCUUGUUAUCUUAUUCUUCCACUAUCUCUGUUUUACUUACACAAUGGUGCUCCAUGUUUUGUGGCAUCUUAAAUUAUAACUUGUGUUUAGCAGUGAUUCCAAAUAUAUUCCAUAACUAGAGUUCCACAAAAAUGUCAGUUUCAUGCAGAGGAUGUUACUGCCAUCCUUUGCUUCACUGUUUAUAUCCAUCAAUCAUCCAGUAUAGGUAACAUUUUCAGGAUAUGGAAGUAGAGAAGUACCUUUGCUUUUAUUUUUACUCUGCUGUUAUAUCUCUCCUUGUUGUACAUGACAGUUAUCAGAUGGAGUUGCUGCAGUCACUAUGCUUAAUUGCUGCACUCCAGGUGGUUUUCCUGCUGCCAGUAGUUUGCUGUUCUGAAAUGUGUUCAGUGUUCAGAUUGAGACAAGUAUUUAUCAUGUAUUAUCUCUGGAUUGUUGCAUGUCUGUCACUAAGAUACUGUCACAAAAUUAUGUAUUUGUGCAUAUUGUGGAAUGUUUUUCACAACUUUCUACAAACACUAUUUCAAGUCCUUGUACCUUCACUUGCCCAUGUCUUGUGGCAGGGUCUGCAGACUUUCACACUAUUGUCACAACAUUUAAAAAACAUUCACAGUGAGUAUGUAAUGUCUCAACAAUCCAGAAAUAUGAUUUAGAUAUUUUCUUUCUCACAAAGAAAGUACAAUUCAAAGAUUUGUUAUGUAUAGUUGAAGUUAGUUUAUAAAUGUACAAAAAUACAAUAAUGCUACCUCA